GUCUCGUAUGGCGAAGUUAUUGAGUUUUCUAGACAACAUGCCCUUGCGAAGUUCUGGCAAGUUGAGCAUGGAGAACAGAAAAGACGACGGUGAGAGUACAGCGGCUGCCCCUCCGCAGAAGAAACUGUCCUGUCAGUGCCACCACCAUUGCCCUGAAGACUCAGUCAACAGCACCUGCAGCACUGAUGGCUACUGCUUCACCAUAAUAGAAGAAGACGAGUCCGGUGGACAUUUAGUCACCAAGGGAUGUCUAGGAUUAGAGGGUUCGGACUUUCAGUGUCGGGACACUCCCAUUCCACACCAAAGAAGAUCUAUUGAAUGUUGCACAGGUCAGGACUACUGUAACAAACAUCUACAUCCUACACUGCCGCCUCUGAAAAAUCGAGACUUCGCUGAAGGAAACAUUCACCAUAAGGCCUUGCUCAUCUCAGUGACUGUUUGCAGUAUUCUUCUGGUGCUUAUCAUCAUAUUCUGCUACUUCAGAUACAAGAGGCAGGAGACCCGGCCGCGGUACAGCAUCGGGCUGGAGCAGGACGAGACCUACAUCCCGCCCGGGGAGUCCCUGAAGGAUUUGAUUGAGCAGUCGCAGAGCUCCGGCAGCGGCUCUGGGCUCCCUCUCCUGGUUCAAAGGACCAUAGCAAAACAGAUUCAGAUGGUAAAGCAGAUUGGAAAAGGUCGCUAUGGAGAAGUUUGGAUGGGAAAGUGGCGUGGAGAAAAAGUAGCUGUAAAAGUGUUUUUUACCACAGAGGAGGCCAGCUGGUUCAGAGAAACAGAAAUCUACCAGACUGUCCUGAUGAGGCAUGAAAAUAUUCUCGGAUUCAUUGCUGCAGACAUUAAGGGUACAGGGUCUUGGACCCAGCUCUAUCUCAUCACCGACUAUCAUGAGAAUGGCUCACUCUAUGAUUAUCUGAAAUCUACUACCUUGGACACAAAAGCCAUGCUGAAACUGGCCUACUCCUCGGUGAGCGGCUUGUGCCACCUGCACACGGAGAUCUUCAGUACUCAAGGCAAACCGGCUAUUGCCCACCGUGACCUAAAAAGUAAGAAUAUCCUGGUGAAAAAGAACGGAACCUGCUGUAUAGCAGAUUUGGGCUUGGCUGUUAAAUUUAUUAGUGAUACAAACGAGGUAGACAUUCCUCCAAAUACGCGUGUAGGAACGAAGCGCUAUAUGCCUCCUGAGGUGCUGGAUGAAAGCUUGAACAGAAAUCACUUUCAGUCGUACAUCAUGGCUGAUAUGUACAGUUUUGGGCUCAUCCUUUGGGAGAUAGCGAGGAGAUGUGUGUCAGGAGGAAUAGUUGAGGAAUACCAGCUCCCCUACCACGACCUUGUGCCCAGCGACCCCUCGUAUGAGGACAUGCGGGAGAUCGUGUGCAUCAAGAGGCUUCGCCCGUCAUUUCCCAACAGAUGGAGCAGCGAUGAGUGCCUGCGCCAGAUGGGGAAGCUGAUGAUGGAGUGCUGGGCUCACAACCCCGCGUCCCGCCUCACGGCCCUGCGGGUCAAGAAGACGCUCGCCAAAAUGUCAGAGUCGCAGGACAUUAAGCUCUGAUCCGGCAGAAGGCAGCUCUUGCGGAAGCCCACCGAAGCGGACUUCCUCUCGCCGUCGGGAAGCCACGGAGAGGCAUCGAAAGCCUUCGUAAGAAGCACCGCCAGUGCCCUCGUGUUUAACAGCAACUGUCUGAGCGCUUUUGAGGAGAGUAUCCUUUGCAAAGUCAGCCAAAUUUCGACAUCCACGUUUGGAAGAGGCUCCUCUGCCCUUGUUUACAUGGGGAAAUGCAGUUUUAGUAACUGGUUUAAGGUUGUGCGUGUAACUGGUUUGAGGUUAUGCGCGUUGCUUUCUAUGAAAGCCGCUUAUUAUUUUAUUAUUAUUAUUGUUAUUAUUAUUAUUUUGAUUGUUUAAAAAGA